CUAAAAUAAAUUUUCAUUAUACACCCGCCAAAGUUUAUUGUACUAAAAGAUGAAGAUUCCUGAACAACCUACUCCCAACUUGGUCAUUGUCAAGAAUAUUGGAAAAGAUACAAGUCAAGUAACCUUGGAAAACUUUUUUGCAUUUUGUGGCAAGAUCUCAGACAUUGAAUUACAAGAAGAUGGUGAUCAGCAGAAAGCCUUGAUUCUAUUUGAAUCUUCCAAAGCAGCCAAGACAGCCGAGUUACUUAGUAAUGCAUUGGUGGAAAAUAAUCAUAUUCAAGUAGAACCUUACUUUGAAACUACGAAAGAAAAGGUAUCAUCAAGUGAAUCGGAAGGUACAGAAAGUAAGAAGGAAAAGCAAGGUGAAGAAGAGGAAGAACAGACUAGCAAACCUGUAUCCAACAUUAUGGCUGAACUACUAGCGUCAGGAUAUCUAUUGGGUGAUCAAGUGUUAGCCAAAGGGAUUGAAUUUGAUCACAAGUUUGGUGUUCGAGAAAAAGUUCAACAUUACUUUGAUCAAAUACGAGAAAAUUUGCAGCAAUGGAAUCAACAAUAUCAUGUGUCGGACAGAGCCAACGAAAUGGAACAGCGAAUGGGUUUACAACAAAAACAAAAGGAAGCCUCUGAAAAAGCACAAGAUUGGUUACAACAUUCUCCUGCUGGACAAAAAGUUGCUGGUUUGGUCUCUCAAUUCUCUCAACAAAUUUCGGAUUUACAUCAUGAAGCUAUACGUUUAAAGUUGAUCAAACAAGGUGAAGCACAAUCCAAAUCUGGUACAUCUUAGGUUUUAUAGUUUAGUAUUUUAGUAU